AUGUCCGAGCCUCUCCUGUCCAAGCAGCCAUUCAAGGCGCUGGCCCAAGCCGGCCUCUUCUUCGCCUUGCCUCCCUACCUGAUAUAUGCCAUCCUCCGUAACAGCAUACCCUCCCUCCGCGUCGAGCCAAAAUGGUCCUUCAGGACGAGCCUCAUGGUCGGGAUCAUGCACCUCCAGUACAGCCUCACAGCCGCCACCCGAGACCAGCUCCCCGAGCAGCUGAAAGCCGGCAAGUCAGGUGAAUACGUGCGCAUCCCCCCGCCCGACGAAGAGGUCGUCGUCGGCGUCGCCUCCAGCAGCUUCGUCAAGACGAAGUCCCAGCCGGGAGUCUGGUACCCGAGCGCUCCCCCGUCCGAGACGGCGCAGGACGAGAAGAUCCUCCUCCACUUCCCCGGCGGCGCCUUCGUCAUCGCCGUGCCCUCCGACUUCCUCGGCCCCGUAGUCUCCAGAGACCUGCCCAAGGCGAUUGGGGCGACGAGGAUGCUGUACGCGCAGUACCGCCUCGCCCGGGACGAGGCGUCGCGGUUCCCCGGCGCGUUGCUCGAUGCCGUCACCUUCUACAGCCACGUGCUCUCGCUGGGCGUGAAGCCGGCCAACAUCAUCGUGUCGGGCGACUCGGCCGGCGGAACACUGGCCCUCACGCUGCUACGGUACCUCCAGACGUCCGGCUGCGGCUUGCCCUUACCCGCGGCCGUCCUCGCGUGGUCGCCGUGGGUGGACAUCCCCGCCGACGCAGGCGCGGCGUUCACGAGGGCGCGGAACAGCCCCAAGGAGAUCCUCAACGCCGAGGUCCUGCAGUGGGGUGCGGACGCGUACAGGCCGAGGGGGGAGUUGAGUGACGAGGUGGAGGCGUAUGUGAACCCGCUGCACAGGCCGAUUGAGACGCAGAUACCGCUGUUCCUGCAGGCGGGGGGCAGCGAGGCGUUCAUGGACACGGUGGCGAGAUUUGCCGAGGAGCAGGUCAAGGUCAAUGGGAAGAAGUCGACCAGGUUCCAUGAGUCGCCGUUUGGGACGCAUGAUAUGCUGGCGUCGCAUCACCUUGUGGGGAUGACGGGUGAGAAUGAGGCGGCGAUUGCGAAGCUGCGGGAGUAUCUGGCCGAGGUUGGUGUUUGGGUCGAGCAGUGA